CUUCGUGACACAUUUCUGCUCCUAAUUUUCUCUAGACCCUAAUUUUCUCUCUCAAUUCAUUUCUGUCUUCGUACAUUUUCCUCCAAAAAGUUCACCAUAAUCAUUUUCCUCCAAGCCCCGCACCAUCUUCUUGUUGGUCUUCCCUUGCGUUGUGUUCGUGUCGAGGCGUCGAGAAGUUGUGUUCGCUCUCGGAAUUCCUCGCAGCUGCGAGUGUCUCCAUUAACGUCAGGGAGACUGUCUCACAGCAGUGAACCUUUGAGCGGUGUGGUGCUUCUUUAACUGGAACGGACAGUCCACCAAUCUCUCCUUCUUAUGAGUUUGACGAUGUUGUCAAGGGAUUCCUAUUAGCUGUGUUAGAAGAUUUGGAGACUAUUGUGCUAAAAAUUUCUCAAGUGACCAUUUGAAGAUGAAGAAAAUGACAUAUAAGAAGAAGGAGACAAAACAUCAUACACAGCAAAGUGCCUCUCAUACAUGGGGUCACACAACUAAUCAUCCACCAGCUCCUCAAGUCCAAUCCUCUCCCUCUCUUUCUGCCCCUCAAAGAAGAACAUACAAACUAAAGCUACCUUCGACAAGCCAAAGCACAUGCACUCCUGCUCAUAAUCAGUCCCCAAAUGCAUUUGUUUUUCAAUCAGCAUGGACUCCUGCACCUAUUCAGUCCCCAGAUGCAUUUGUUUUUCAUUCAUCAGUUCAAGUUGAUCCCUCAAAUGAAGAUGUUCUUCAUUCACCACUUCAAGUAGGAGGAAAUUCUCAUGUACAAGAUGAACAUGAACAAGAUGAAAAUCAGGAUACUUUGUUAGAAGUUGAACAAAAAAGGCCACUAACACACAAGGGAGCAUGGUUGGUUGAUGUUAUUGAUGACCAAUGUAAGAUGACUACCAAACACUUAAAAACAAAUGAUGUUUGGAAUUUGCCUCAAAAUGAAAGGAUUAUUGUACAUUGGAAUGAGGAAUAUCAACCAAUUGGAGAUGGUGGCGCAUUAUUGAAUCGAUUCUUGGGAAGUAUCGCUAGAAACUUCAAGGUAUUCCCUAUUUGUUAUUCUACUUGGAAGAAGAUUCCUAAAAAUUACAAAGAAGACAUAAUUCAAAAUACAAUUCAAGCAAAGUUUGUAGUGAAUUCCGAUAUUCAAAUCAAUUACAUCUUGAAAGCGCUUAAUCAUAAAUGGAGAGAUUGUCGCCUAGAAUUGUGGCAACAAAGAGAUGAUGGCACCCGUACUAGAGAUGAAUUGAUUGCCAUGGCUCCAGAAGGCAUAGAUAGAGAUCAUUGGGCUUCUUUUGUUGAUUAUCGACUUGAUGAAAGAACAAAGGAGAUUGCCCUAAAAAAUAAACACAAUAGGACAAAACAAACUCUUGCUCACACAGGGGGAUCCAAGAGCAUUGCAAGGAAGAGAGAAGAAAUGGAAAAAGAGUGUGGACACAAAGUUAGCAGAGGAGAAGUUUGGAUAGCUACUCAUAAGACGACCAAUGGAGCUUUUGUCAGUGAUGAGGCAAGGGAAAUUGGUGAAAAAAUUCAAACAUAUGAAUCUACAACAUCGUCUCAAUCAAAAGAAAUAUCAAGUUUAGAUUCAUUGGCUCAUGUUUUAGGAAGCCAAGAGCAUUGUGGACGUGUUCGCGGUCUAGGUUUGGGUCCUUGUCCAUCUAAAGUCUUUGGAGUCCAUGCUCGUUCUCAUGUUGGAUCAUCUUCAUCUACUCCUUCUAAUGUUGAAUUACAAUCUCAGGUAUCUUCAUUGACUUCUUCUAAUGUUAAAUUAGAAUCUCAGGUAUCUUCAUUGACAUCACAAGUCAAUGAAAUGAAGGCAAUCAUGACACUUUUGUUGCAAAAUCAUCAAGGUCCAUUGCCUUCACAAUUUGCAGUAUUUCAAAGAUCAUCGGUAUCUGAUCAAGGGAGUGGGCCAAACAAUGGAUGUAAUGAAGAAAAAAAUUAGAUAUUGUUAUUGAAUACUUUUAUGAGUCAUACUUUUAGUAUUGAACAUCUAUAUUGAACAUAUGUAAUGAACUUCUUUCUUUUUAAUUUUUAUGUAUGAACAAUUAGUUGUAUGAAUGAUAUUAGGUUGAACAAUGUAGUUUAUUUUAUACAAUAUUAUUAAAUUUUAGUUCAUAUUAAUUUA